AAAGAAAUUUUUGCAAACAAAAAAAGUUUUGCAAACAAAAAAGUUUUGCAAACAAAAAAAGUUUUGCAAACAAAAAAAAAGUUUUGCAAACAAAAAAAAAAUUUUGCAAACAAAAAAAAGUUUUGCAAACAAAAAGAAAGUACUGAGAGGUAAAAUGUUUUUUUUCCAAAGAAAACCUUUAGCAGCAAUGAUUUUGCAACACAUCUUUUCCUUUGCAGUACCUACUAAUUCAUUUGCAACGCCCCUUUAAUUCUGCGUUUCAGCCACCAGUGCUUUUGCGACUCGGUUUUUCCUUUGCGCUUCACUUUACUUUGCGUUUGGCUUUGUGACCCUGUUUUGACGUGGGGGAGGAGUCAACGGAUUGGGGCGUGUAUAACGGUUCUGGGCAUGCCUUCCUCGUUACGUCAUCAGCGUGAGCGGCAGACUGAGCUGAUCGGCCAUCAUGGCGGAGCAGAGACAUGUGGGUGAUGGAUUUCAGCAGACAGAGUAUUCAGAUGUCCGUAAGGCUGCACAGAAUUUAAUUGGUCUUCUGACCCAAAGCCUCGGUCAGAUUCAGGCAGCUCAGGGUCAGCAGCAGCAGCAACAACCACAGCAGCCUUCUUCUAUUUCUCGGCCUCGAAUAGAGCAGGAUAUGGCCAGAUCUUUUCCUGGGAUGUUUAAGAAGGCAAAACGGAAAACUCCAAAUCCACAAAUACAUUUGAAAGCCACAGCUUGGAAACCAUUUGCAGUUUCUGUAUAUUUAAUGAGCCAAAAUACUGACACCUCACCCACACCUUCUGAAGAGCUUGGACUACUCCAGGCAGGACUAGGAAAACGGGUUAUUACAAUUUCAACCAAUGUGAACCAUUCGGAUUUAUGCAACCUCCUUGAAGCUGAAUUUCCCAAGAUGAGGUCACUUACUGGAGGGUGGCUGCUUUAUAAGGCACCAGGUGGGAAUGGAAGAAGAAAGCUUACUGUUGUCCCUCCAGACUCAGAGGGUUAUACAGGCAGCCUUAUCAAGAUGGCUACCUCCGCUGGAAGAACAGCACUCUAUAUGGUCCCUCUUCAAGACAAAUUGUGUCUUGAUCCACUGCCAUUCUCAGCAGAAGAGUUUGCGAAGACGCCAAGGGUUGAGUGUCGUACUUGUAAAACAACAAUGCCACUACCAGUUUUGUACCUGCAUGUCAAGUCCUGUGGUGGUGGCACACAGGCAGUUAAUGAUGAUGUGACUACUGAUGAUGAUGAUGAUGAGGAUGUAAAAGUAGUUGGUGAGAUUUCCAGUGCCGUUUCCACUACAGCCACAACUUCUAUGCCCAUACCUACCACUUCAAUACAAUCUUGUUCUCCUACACCCACCACAAGUUUUGAGGUGAGCUGAAUGAAAAUGCUGUAUUGUUAAGGGUUUUUAAAUAUUUGAGAAUAGAUUUAUUUUGUAUUUACUUUUAUUUUAAUAUGUGCAUAAGGACUGGUGCUGUUAGUGAAAUUAAUUAACUGCUAUGUUAAAAUUGUAUUAUAAACUAAAUGGUAUUCUCUUUGUUGUGCCUUAUUGUCAAGCACUUUUGAUUGAUUGUUAUUAAACCUUAUUACACGGCUCAUUUGAAUGCUUGAUUCUGAUUGGCCAGUCCCGACAUUCCAAGGGUUGUUCUUUUCAAAUAACAAGCGCUAAAAACUAAUGACACCCUG